AUGAUCACGUCACGGCGGCAUAUAGCCACAGAGGUGCCUUCAACGAACUUCGUGCAGGCCGGCGGAAACGGAAUUUAUGGGCCGAUGGGAGAUCAGGUUGAGGCUUUGAGUCAGUUCAGCCCUAACAUCUACGAACAGGUGAUGGUUCGACGGCAGUUGCUUGCGUACCGGAGUCAGGUGUCGAAGGAUGAUGUGCCCGAGUAUGUCGUGGAGGUGGCCCCCGUGCCAGUUCCUGUGCCACCGUCGAAAGACGCAGGCCUGCCAUUCCGUCAGCAAUCUGAGCCGAUUGUGACGAGCAAGAGCUCGUCUUCCAUGAUGCGGCGUCAGAUGUCUGCGCAGGUCGAGAGGCCCCCUCCGAAGAAAGCCGCGCCCCUCGUUGUCUCUGCCAAUGCCUGGCGUCCGGCGGCCAAGAAGUCUCCGGAGGACGACCUCAAGCGCCAGGUGCAAGGCUUGCUCAACAAGAUUUGCCCGGAAAACGUCGCCUCCAUCAUCGAGAAGAUUGCGGCCAUCGAGGUCCAGGACAUCAAGCAAUUGGAGGCCAUCAUCGAGCUUAUGUUCAAGAAGGCAAUCACGGAACCCCACUACUGUGAGACCUAUGCGGACAUGGUCUUCAGUCUCAAGGCUGUGUACCCCUCGUUCCCAUCACCGGAUGGCGGCAAGCCGAUCACGUUCAAGGGGCUGGUCCUCAAUAUCUGUCAAAAUGAGUUUGAGGAGCUGCUUGCGUCCAACGACAUCAGCGCAGAGCAGAAGGCCAAGCUUGAUGAAGAGGAGCUCGAGUACAUGCGCAAGAAGCGCAAGGACCGCAUGCGCGCGAACAUGAAGUUCAUUGGCCACCUGUUCCUGCGUCAGCUGCUGUCCGCCAAGGUGAUCGGAAGCGUCAUUUGCGAGCUGGUGCUCUGUGAGCAGGUGGAUGACCUCCCAGAGGAGCAUGCGCUGGAGUGCGCAUGCGAACUGCUGCUGGCGAUCGGCUAUACCAUGGAAAACAUGAUUGCCGGCCAGUCUGCACUCACUUCUGUCUGCGGCCGCUUGAAAGAGCUGAUGAAGCGAAAGCUCGAGAACGGCAAAGGCGCAUACUGCAAGCGCGUGCAAUUCAUGAUCCAGGAUGUCCUUGACACACGCGCUGCUGGCUGGCAGAAGAAGGUCUUCAAGGCCGCAGCAAAGACCAAGGAAGAGAUCAGAUUGGACCAGGAGAAGGAGAUGUCCGACAAAGCCAAGGGCAAGGACGUGACGAAGGCAGAGUGUGUCGUUACAGGCCAGCGCCCGGUGUACCUCUCGCAGGCUACCGGGGCGUAG